AUGAUCAGAGAGUAUAAAAACGUUCUUGUCCUGGAUUUGUAUAAGGAUUUUCACUCAUUUAACCGAAAUACAUGCAAAGAAGAUCAAUGGCUCGGAUUAUCUCUGGUUACUGUAUAUUAUGGCGGAAAAAAAACAAGUCUGUCUGCAUUUAUUCAAACGAUAAUUUGCAAAUAUGGCGAAGAGUCAUUAAUGGCUUUUGACGAUGUUACUGAGGAUGCUGUUAUUGUUCCUAUUCUAUCUGGGAUCUUUGGUAAAAAGUCGAUUAUUGGAAGCCGAUAUUCUGCAAAGAUUUUGUCAACACCACCACUAUCAUUCGAUAUCUUGGAGCAAUCUCCGUUCAAACUUCGUAUUUUGAUAUCAGAUAUUGGUGGAGUUGCGCGACUACUCAU